ACACUGCCCAACACUGGCCUUGUGUCCUGCAGCCCCCUCAGAGCCCCGAUCCCCACACCUCCAGAGCUCACAAGCCCUGCCUGAGUCCCUGUGCCCAGCCUGGCUCCAUCUGUCCCAGCCAAGAGGCUCUUUCCUCACUCCCCUGAGGAGGCUGAGCCAGGCCUGGCUGUGCCAGGCUGGUGCCAGCAAGGCCGCUGCCCCAGCAGCUCUGGUGGCCACAGAGGGCCCUGGGCAGCCCCUGGACCAGCAGGCAGAGCCCUGGAGGACCCACCUGGCUUUGAGCUGAGGAGAGCGAGGCCGCAGCAGUGGAUGCAGCCCUGGGCCAGCACAGCGCUUUUAUGGGUGGCCGCAGGGGCGGGGUAGGAGCUGCCCAUGCUGGGGCCAUGCGUGCGGGGGCAAGGCCUGACCUCAGUCCUGCUGCCACGGGGCUCUUCUGCUGACUCCUGCCUUUCCUGGCCAGCCCCAAGCUGCACCAUCAGCCCCUGCAAUUAUCCUGCUGGGACAUUGCCAGUGUCACCUCUUGGGUCACAGCAGCCCCAGGAGGCACUUGUCGUGUGCCAUCCGCUGUCCCUGAAGGGCACAGGGCAGAGCUGGCCCAAGGGCCAGGCAAAGAGAGCUCGUUUGGGGCCCUUACUGCUCAGCACCAUGCAGCACUGGCCAGUCCAGCAGAGCUGGGCUCCAUCUGCCCCCAGGCAUUGCCAGGGAGCUCUGUGACACAGGGGACAAAGAGUCUCAUGCCAGGCCUGACAUGCACAGCACAAGGAUCAGAAAUCCCCUCAAAAAGCACAACAGAGCUCAGGGUUCUCUCAGCCCUCCCCAGAGACCUUCCAAGCCCUCACAUGUGACUCUGGAGCCAAAUUCCUGGGUGCCAUCCUGGCUAUCAAGUAUCUGACGUGGCUGGAAGGACAAGAUGGCUUGGGCAGCAGGAGGUGCUGGGGUGGCACCAGGGGGAUGCUGACUCAGGGAGGAGCAGGGGCCGCACAGCCCUGGUGUCAGCAGCAGCAGCAGCAGGGAGUGUCCCCUGUGCAGAUUGGCCCAGCUGGUGCUGAGCAAUGCUGGGGCUGCUAUAAAAGCCCUGCCUGGGCCAGACUGGGCCAAGCACUGGCCUGGCCACCUUCUCCUCCUCCUCAGGGACAAGGAGCACCCUCGGAUCCCUCGCCAAGAUGUCCUGCUACGAUCUGUGCCCACCAAGGAGCAGCUCUGAGCUGUGCCCACCCAGAACCGGCGUGGCCGUGCCCCAGCCCAUCGCUGAGAGCUGCAACGAGCUGUGCGCCCGCCAGUGCCCCGACUCGUCGGCCCUGAUCCAGCCACCACCAGUUGUGGUCACCUUCCCCGGGCCCAUCCUCAGCUCCUUCCCCCAGCAAGCCGUGGUUGGCUCCUCCGGAGUCCCGGCCUUUGGCGGCUCCCUGGGGCUGGGCGGCCUCUACGGCGCCGGCGCCACCCAGGCCUCGGGAGGCCUCUGCACCUUUGGCAGAGCCUGCGCUGCUCCUGCCUACAGCCCCUGCGCCUUGCCCCGCUACAGCAAGAAGUUCUGGGACACCUGCGGGCCCUGCUAGAGCCACCACAGCCAGGAGAUGUUGAUCUCAGCUCAAGUUACCCUGGCCUCCUGCAGCAUGUGACACCCAGCCUGCCUGGGUCCUUCUUACCAUCCCUCUCCUGCCCCUCUUGGAAGGACAUCUCCUGCCCUUCUUGGAACAAUAAAAUUUUUCUGCAUCU